CCAAACUUGCAAGGAGAAGUCAGGAGAGAGAAAAUCUCGGCAUGCUGGUCUGGUCACCUAACCAGAAUCUGUCUGAAGCAAAAUUGGACGAAUAUAUUGCCAUUGCUAAAGAAAAGCAUGGAUACAAUAUGGAGCAGGCCCUUGGGAUGCUGUUUUGGCACAAGCACAACAUCGAGAAGUCUUUGGCAGAUCUGCCAAACUUUACUCCGUUCCCAGAUGAGUGGACAGUGGAAGACAAGGUCUUGUUUGAACAGGCCUUCAGUUUCCAUGGGAAAACUUUUCACAGGAUCCAGCAGAUGCUUCCUGACAAAUCAAUAGCCAGCCUGGUGAAAUUUUACUACUCCUGGAAGAAGACAAGGACUAAAACUAGUGUGAUGGACCGUCAUGCUCGUAAACAAAAAAGGGAACGUGAGGAAAGUGAGGAUGAAAUGGAGGAAGCAAAUGGAAAUAACCCUAUUGACAUUGAAGUUGAACAAAACAAGGAAAGCAAAAAGGAGGUGCCGCCUGCUGAAACUGUCCCUCAGGUGAAGAAGGAGAAGCACAGUACGCAGGCCAAAAACAGAGCGAAGAGGAAACCUCCCAAAGGAAUGUUCCUUUCCCAGGAAGAUGUGGAGGCUGUUUCUGCCAACGCAACAGCUGCUACCACUGUACUCAGACAACUGGACAUGGAAUUAGUCUCAAUCAAACGACAGAUUCAGAAUAUCAAACAGACAAACAGCGCACUCAAAGAAAAACUUGAAGGUGGUAUAGAACAAUACAGACUUCCAGAGGUCGUCCAGAAAUUUAAUGCACGUUGGACCACAGAUGAGCAGCUUCUUGCUGUGCAAGCAAUCAGAAAAUACGGCCGAGACUUUCAGGCAAUCUCUGAUGUGAUUGGAAACAAAUCUGUGGUGCAAGUGAAAAACUUUUUUGUAAAUUAUCGACGUCGUUUCAACAUAGAUGAAGUCUUACAGGAGUGGGAGGCAGAGCAUGGCAAAGAGGAGACAAAUGGAACCAAUAGCCAGAAGCCUGUAAAAUCCCCCGAUAAUUCCACUAAGAUGUCUGAAGAGGAAGAUGAGGCUACUUCUGUUCUUGAUGUCAGAUAUGCAUCUGCUUCGUGAGAAGGUGCUGUAGCCUAGAACAAUUUGUGUUGACUACUGUGUUAUCCAGGAUAUCAGGUAUUAGCAAACCUCAGACAGCCAUCUGCAUCAUAUCUGUGGACAAGCAGCUAUUACCAAAAAAAAAAAAAAAAGGCAAACGCUUCCAGUCCUGUGCUACAUCUGCCUUAAUCUCCCCUCAUUCCUCCAUACUGCCUCCACUUUCUUUCAAAAGCACCCAGGUAGCUCAGCUCUCCAUUUCAUCAGCAUCAUGCUUAAGCAUGGGGACUUCUAGAACCAGUCACACCUGUCUAUAAAUUUUUGACCAACCUGCAAAACAAGGAGCUCCUUAGCAGCCCCACAGUAACUCUACACAUUAGGAGUUCUUAUAAUACUUGGUCCAUAGGGUAUAAGUAUGUAUUGCUGCAUGGCCUUGUGGUCUCCGCUUCCUGUGUAUUCUUACGAUGACACUAUUAUUAGUGAGCUUUCUAUAAAGGAGAGGCCUGUGCACAUGCCAGCAGUGUCAGGUUUGUUCUGCCAUGACAGGACAUGUUAACAAGCAAUCUUGAAUAAUGCAGAGUGAUAGGAAAAGUGAUUUCUAAGGUUUGGUCAGUCCAAGGUUGUAGAUGUAACUCAUUACACUUCUGGUUUGUGCAAUUCCUUCCACUGUAUUUGUGUGUUCUUGCUUCAUAGAAAGCUCCCUAAUUGAGCAUUUUAUUCCUGUAUAUUUUAAUGGCUUUUAUUUAGUGCAAAAGGGAAUACGUAACCUGAAACUGUUUGAUACGCUAUUUAACCCCUGGCAUUCAGCAUUUGCAUUGUAACUUGUUAAAUGAGUGCUACACAACUUUCUUUUUCCUGAUCCUCUGCGGGAUUAAGUCAAAACAAACUUUCUCUGGUGCCUCUCCUUUGGGGAAUAUGUGCCUUUUUACAUUUGGCUACCAUAGGUCACUUUCUGUCCCAGUGUCUCAUUUCUCUUCAGAGCGCUGUUUGCCAAAGACAUCAAACUGCUUCUCCCACUGGAAGUCUGGACGAGGGUUGGAGCACAAAAUUCAACCUUCAGGAGUUUUUGGUCACUUGGAAGUUUAAUGGAGAAGAACCAGGUUAAUUUUCAUUGGCCAUUUUAACCCUUCUGAAGCACACAUCGCUUUCAUGUUCUGAACCAAAAUAUGCAAUUUAAAAUCUAAGAGGUGCUUUUCCAAAUACUUGGUGCAUGCAGCUUUCAAAUCCCAGCCCUCUGCUCGGAUGACCUGUGCUGUGGCCUAUCUACCUGGCUUGAACUGGAGCUGUUCUUGGAAGUCCUGUGUGAGGACUUUGCACCUUGAACAAGGUAGUUGCUGACUGCCGAGCAGACAGUGUUCAGAGAAGCUAGAAAAGCAGCAUUAUUACUUCUUGUCCAGUGGAAAGCUGCAAAAUAACACUAGUCACGAAGCAUUUAAAAAUGGUUAAUUUAAUGAUGUUGAAAGAAACCACCAGGUGUCUUUGCAGGUGGAAAAAAGGACCUUCUUUGCCCCUCUUCCUCUGCAGAGGGUUUAAGCCAAGAUGGCACACAGUGAUGGGCACAGCACCGGCCUUUCUUAACACAACCUGAAAGGAGCUAGUCGGUGGCCUGGCCUGCAGCUGAGGUGCUGCAGCUCAUAGUUGAGCCCCGUCCUUGGUGCUGAUGUAGCUGCUGGGCUGUGCCAUGUUGUGUGCUGUAAGUGGCUCUGCCCUCUGUACCUGAGCGAGGCAGGAUGACGCCAGCUGGGUAAUAGAGCCAGCUCUGUGCACCUCCUGCAGUGUGGACACAGCCCAAGGAAAGCCCUUCCCCUUGGGCCUCGUGUGAGGAGAGUGAUUCAACACCAGAAACUGAGCAACGACACGCAGGCACAGAGCAGGUAGGGAUUUCCUAGGGCAAGCUGGAGCCCAAAAAGGGCCUGUUUCAGAAACUUGGCAGCUGUUUCUGAGCAGUUCCAUUCUAGUAGCUCCAGAGAGAUCCUACAAGGUGAUGGGAGGAUGGAAGGGAGCUGUUCCCUAUCCUUUGUAUUGAUGUUUGUGUCUCUACAGCUGUUGCUGUGAACUGGCAGCUCUGAUCAUGGCUCAGAUGUUCCUUCAGACCUGUGCCAGUUGGAGUUGGGAGUCUCCUGUGGGAAAGGAUGGUAGUAGUCAGCCAGUGUGUGAAUUAGGAUUAAAGACCGGGCAAAUAGCACUGUGAAUCCAGUUGACAGUUGUGUAAAGCAAUGCUGCUCAUUAGAAACACUCAAGUAUUAAACCUCCUGCUGGUACCAAUGCAUGGAGACAGGUCCUCACCAGUGUGGGAAUGCUGUGGGAACCUGCAUCCCAGCUGGGGGGGCUCGUCAGGAGAGGCUUCUUCUGGAGAGUUAGUUACCUGUGAGGACUUUCCAUCGGUUCUUGCCCUCAAAUCUGUCCAUCUUAUGAUCAGAAAAGUUGUGUUUUGGCUUCAUCCCCAAGGGGUAGGGGGAAACAUGUAUAAUUCGUGCUAUUAGGAAGAAAAAAGUUGUUUAAUUACUUUUCAGUUGACUGCUAUCUUAUUGUAGUUGAUACAUGCAAUAUAAUAGCACUGUAUUUUAAACGUUUAGUUUUUUAUGUUCUCUUGAACUAUAUUUUUAAAUGCGAUAAAAUCAUUUUAGCUUUUGAAAUGGUUUGAUCUUGUUUAGGUGAAGACCCUGUUUUUCUUUUUUUAAAUGGGUCAAGCAUUAGAAACAUCAACUGGUUGCAUUCUGACUAGAAGGGUCCACAAAGAUAACUGCAUAAGAUAGAAUAUUCACUUAAAUUUUGUUUCUUAAACUAUCAAUGUGAAUGUCAUAAUUAUAUAUAUUUUGUGGAAAACGGGAAAUUAUUUCUCCUAAGUAUAAGUUAUUGUGCAAAAUAUGGUAUCGUUAAAGAAAAUGAUAGUUUAAGUUUUAGUUUUAGAAAUCUUAAAGAUAUAAAAGUGUAUUGCAUAUGCAUAAACAAAUUUCAUUUGUUCUAUUUAAUUUUUAUGUAGUUGUGUAAAGUGCUAGGUAACUUCUUUUUUUCACUUAUCCAUUAAAACAACCUUGUUACUUGAAUAUUCAUGUUUAACUGGUUUGAAACAGUGAUCAAUUUUUGUAAUAUAAUCUUAUAACCAAGGGAAAAAAAAACACGCCUCAGUUGUGCUUAACAUUGUAC